AUGGCGGAGGGGUCGUCAGAUGAGGCAUUCCUAGAUGAGCAGUUUUGCCUGGUAGUGCAGUGCGCUGUUAGGCUUUCAUCUUUCCCACAAGCGCCGCGGGGCACCCCCGCCUUUCCGUUGCCUCCGCCGGGUGGCGGCCGCUCCAUCUUUGAAGAAGGGAAGGGGCAGCAGCUGUGGGGCUCUGCUGACAGGAGAUUUAGCCAGCUGCUGGCAUCGAAUGCUCCUGGGACGGAGGCGCAGCUGUGGGGCUCUGCUGACAGGAGAUUUAGCCAGCUGCUGGCAUCGAAUGCUCCUGGGACGGAGGAGCCCAAGGAAACUCAGCGGGCCCUUCCAGAGACAGGAGAUUCCACCACGUCUCGGCUGCCGACUACACUUCUGCCACUGCAUCCUUACCUGCAGCGGCGACUGUUGGCCUCUGGCUUGGAAGUGUUUGUCUUACCACAUGCACACCCGGAGGGCAGCUUAGAGGUGCACUUGGAGAUGCAUGCGGGUAGUACUGCGGAGGCUGAAAAUGAGCGGGGCAUGGCGCAUCUUUGUGAGCACCUCGUCUUCAUGGGAAACCGAAGGCGAGGAGAGGUCGUGGCCCUGCAAGGAGAGGCCAACGCCUUCACGGACUUCCACCACACAGUGUACUUUGUGAGCUGGCGAGGGGGUGAAGGCAACGGCUCGGAAGGCCAAAAGGCUCGAAGAGGACAGGAGCAACAAACUGCAAGCCGUCAAGACUGGAGCCUGCGCAGGCUCAGAGCAGCGCUGGAGAUGAUGCGAGAAGUCUUCACGGCUCCCACCCAGUUCACCGCCGAGAGGCUUCUCAAAGAGAAGGCCGCAGUCAUCUCGGAGUCGUCCCUAGUGAACACGAUCUUCUACAGAAAGGAACAGGCACAGCUAUCCAAGUUGCAUAGCGAUACCAUCCUGCCCUCCCGUUUCCCCAUCGGGGACAUGGGACUCCUCCGCAGUUGGAGCGUCGAGGAUGUGCACAAGUUCUUCGCUCGAUUUUACCGUCCAGAGAACGCCACCUUGUACAUCGUGGGAGACAUGGCUCCGCUUGCGGCCCUUGAUUGUGUAGACAACAUCCUCGGAUAUGUUCAGGGAGACAGACAGGGGGAGGCGGAGUGGCGUGUACUCCGUGACCGGUGGCUGCAGAGCACAGUCAAGAAACAUUCGGUUUUUUUUCCUCCUUUGGCCCAUGCCUGGACUAAAGAGGACAAGAUUGCCAAUGCCGCAGCGAGCCCUGCAGCUACGAAUACCGUCAAAGCAAAUGGGCCGGGCUCACCCACGGAGAAAACAGACUCAUCUGCGGUGCCUCUUGCGAGUCUGCUGAAGUCGCGUUUGCAUGCGUGGCAGCAUCCGCUAUUGCAGCACUUCUCGCUACUCUUCCUCCGGAAGCUCCCUAUAGCCGCCCUGCAAACGGCGGGCGACUUCUUUCGCCUCCUUGCUCGCAAACUUGCCCUGCAGGCCCUUGCCGUACGCCAAAUGGCGGAGCACGGCGUAAGCGAAACGGAAUUGGGAAGUUUGCUUGACUCGUACAAGGUUAACCUCGACCGCAUGCACAUGCAGCUGCUGUCGUCGGGAGACAUGCUACGGCUGCUCAUGGACAGCACUGCUUGCGGCCACCGCGUAGUGCAUCUUGAGGACGAACGGAGUCUUGCCUUGCAGUUGGCUAGGGGGGAGCUGCGGUCUUCGCCUCAUGCAGGCGAUGCAGCACCAGGGAACCAGACAGACACCACAGACUCCGAGAAAAUGAAACGACUGCUCGCCCUAGUAAAUGAAGAGGCGCGCAGCAUGUUGAAGUGGAUGAAUGAGCCGAUAAGCGCAAACGGAAUGUACAGCGGUCCCGAUGCCAUCUGCGCAUUUCUGGUCCAGUCCGGAGAACCCCGCAGCACCGGCAACAGCUGCCAACCCCAAAGAGGCCGCAUUCCUUCAACGCAGUUGCAGGGCCACAUCGAAAUGGAACAUAUGGAGAUGGGGACUGUCAGUGCGGAAGGUGCCGAGCUCAGAGGAACCCCAGGUGCACUUGCGGACGACGGACACAACCAGACAAGGCUUGUGAUCCCGACGGAAACAAUCCUCAGCGAAGUCUGUGACGCCAUGACCCAUGCUGUCCCAUCGAAGCGAGAGGGAGUUGAAACCCCGAAGUACUUGCUAACGAAUGAGGAGUUGGAGGUCCUACGACGCCGGGCGGCAGAAAGUCCCCCAGUAGUGCAGAGGCUGAAGGAGGCUGGGCCCAACGCGCAGACGCUCCAGUUUGCAAGUGGCGCGAAAGUUACUAUCAAGCCGUUGGCCGAGGAGCGCGGCUCCGCACUGAUUCGCGUGUUGAUACCUGGCGGCCGUCUGGCCUCUAAGUUGGAUUCCGCGAGGAGCGCCGCCGAUAGCAGGGAGGUUGAGGCCUUGAGGCAACAAAGCGCAGCAAUGGUGGUGGGGGCAAUGACAAUGAUGGAAGGGGGAGCUGUCGGCAAUUUUACGCGCCAACAGAUCGAAGCUUUCUGCCAGGAGAGAUUGAUUGGCAGCACUAGCACACCUAGAGGGCAUGGCGUUAGUUGA